GCAAGUCAGAUAUCGAUGACGAAGACCAUGGUGUCCACGGGUGCCUGUUGGCUUGUGCCUCGGUCUAACGGUCCGCCAUGAUGCUUGGCUGGAGACAGCCCAGCCUCCACGAAUCAUGGUCGGGCAAGGCCGAUGAUAGCAGCCCUCAUCUGGCCACCAUCGCCGCGUCGUGUCCCUCGUCACUAUCACGAGCUGCCUAGCUCUGUUGCCGUUCCUUUGACAGCUGCUCUCUGCCAUCGCGUUACUGCUGCCAUACAACGAGACACCCGACGUGUCAUCGCAGCUAUCUAGCAUAGCUUGCCUCGCGCCGCAGACACACCAAGAUGCGCCAACGAGCGUGGGCGACGUCGCUCGCCACCAUCCUGGGCCUGGCAUCGACAGGAGGCGCAUACAAAACGUUCGCAAACUACUCCAUGGCCGAUUCGCCCCAGGAUCUCUUCUCCAUCUACGGCGACCGACCCGACGGCUGUCCCCCGUGCUUCAACUGCAACCUCGAAGACUUCAAGUGCAAGCAGUUUGCUGAUUGCAGCAAGGCCAACGGACGAUGCAACUGCGGCCCAGGAUUCGGAGGCGAGGACUGUUCAGAACCCCUUUGCGGCGCGCUGCCCGAUGGCAAGAACCGCUCACCACGAGGAGGCGCAAAGCAGUGUGAAUGUUCAGAGGGCUGGUCAGGCAUCAACUGCAAUGUCUGCCAGACCAACAAUGCCUGCAACGCCAUGAUGCCGGAUGGCGAAGGCGGAGUCUGCUACAAGGACGGCCAACUGGUCAAGGAGAACUUCCAGAUCUGCGACAUCACCAACAGGAAGAUCCUCGACACACUCAAGGACAAGAAACCCCAGGCGACCUUCUCUUGCAACGCCGAGUCAGAGGAAUGCAAUUUCCAGUUCUGGGUCGACCAGAGGGAAUCCUUCUACUGCGCCCUCGACACGUGCUCCUCCCAAUUCACCGCCGAAUCCGAUCGCAACAUCACCAAAUACCGAUGUGAAAACAUAAAGUGUGAAUGUGUGCCCGACAGGAUGCUUUGCGGAGAGGACGGCUCCGUUGACAUUGGUGACUUCUUGAAGGAGUCGAUCAAGGGACCUGCUGAGUUCAGAGGCAUCUCAGCUAUCAACACCAAAGACAGCGGAAGCGUCUUCUCCGAGCCUGCCAUGAACGACCUCAUCUCGAGCGUCUUCGGCGACGAGAGUAUUUUCCUACAAUGCGACACGGGCGAGUGUUUGUACCAGACCGAGGUACCAGGCUACGAGAGGCCCAUCAAGAAGAUCAACACGCCUCUGAUUGCUGGUGUCAUCGCUGGUUGCGCCCUGUUCAUCGUGGCUGCCAUUCUGGCUGUCUGGUAUCUCACGCACCGUGCCGAGAGCAAGCGAUACGGUCCCAUCCACCUAUCGGACGAUGAGGAGGACGAGGAUGCGAAACUGCUAGCAGACCACAAGCCAGCUGCUUUCCUCUUUGAAAACGUCGCAUACAACCUCAACGGAAAGCAGAUUCUCUCCGGCAUCUCUGGCGCAGUCCACCCCGGAGAGCUCCUGGCUAUCAUGGGUGCUUCAGGUGCUGGAAAGACUACCUUCCUCGACAUUUUAGCUCGCAAGAAGAAGAUCGGAACCGACAGUGGCGAUUUCUACGUCAACGGCGAGAAGGUCCGCGAUGACGAAUUCAGAAGCGUCAUUGGUUUCGUCGACCAGGAGGACACUCUUCUACCAACCCUGACUGUUCACGAGACGAUUCUUGACUCUGCUCUGUUGCGCCUGCCCAAAGAGAUGAGUCGCACUUCCAAGGAGCAAAAGGUUGAGGAUGUUGAACGUCAACUCGGUAUCUACCACAUUCGCAACCAGAAGAUUGGCUCUGAGGAGAGUGGUCGUGGCAUUUCUGGUGGAGAGAAGCGUCGUGUCGGUAUUGCCUGUGAACUCGUCACAUCGCCCAGCAUCCUCUUUCUCGACGAACCUACGAGCGGACUAGACGCUUACAAUGCUUUCAACGUCGUCGAAUGCCUCGUUAACCUGGUCAAGAACUACAACCGAACCGUCGUCUUCACUAUCCACCAGCCACGCUCAAACAUCGUCGCCCUCUUUGAUCAGUUGAUACUGCUUGCCAAGGGUAGGGCUGUCUAUUCUGGACCCUUCGAGAACUGCCAAACCUAUUUCGAUGAGCUUGGCUACACCUGCCCACCCGGUUUCAACAUUGCGGACUACAUUGUAGACCUUACUAUGCACGCAAGCACUGCACGUCAGCCUAUCGACGAAGACAGCUCAAUCUUCAACCGUGACCUCAACCGUGAUGGUCUCACCACAAGUGCAAGUAGUGCCAUUGCCGUCAAGUCUAUUCCUAGUAUCAAUACGUCGGAGCUCGAAAGAGAUAUCGCUGGUAGCCCUAGCAAUUCGAGCAUCUUGCGACCCAAGAGCAAGAGAAGGACGUCCAUCAAGCAGCAGCAAGAACGCGAACUAUUCACAAGAAAGAAGAGCUCUGCUCCUGUUAACGAUGGUGCAAUGUCCCCCAAGACUGACGACGAGGCUCCUUACGAUCGUCGAGGCGCUAUCAAGGCUCAGUGGUUGAAGCUCACACGUCAAGGAGGUAGCGUACCUCCCCAAAUCCUCGAGGACCCAGAUGAGCUCCCACCACCCGCCAACGGCGCCACCGGAACGAAUCUGGAUCUCUUGAUCAAUGCUUACGCUUCUUCCGACAUCGCCGCUACAAUCCGUCAAGACAUUGCCACUUCGGUGGCCAGCGCAAACCAAGCCAACGGCACUAACGGAGUGCACGAGCAGAACGGCUUCGUUGCAGCAGGCAAGUUGAAGGGUUUCAAGAAAGUUGGUCUCUUUGGCCAGUUCAGGAUCUUGUCUCGACGAACUUGGCGCAAUCUCUACCGUAACCCGAUGCUCAUGCUUACUCACUACGCUAUUGCCAUCGUCCUAGCAGUCUUCCUCGGCUUCCUCUUCUACGGUCUCACAGACGAUAUCAAGGGUUUCCAGAACCGCCUCGGUCUGUUCCUGUUCGUCUUGUCGCUCUUUGGCUUCAGCAGCUUGACCAUUCUUACCGUAUUCGCUCCUGAACGACUACUCUUCACCCGCGAGCGUGCCAAAGGCUACUACUCCCCGCCUGCCUACUUCGCCGCCAAGGUCAUCUUCGACAUCAUUCCUCUCCGUCUGCUUCCUCCCAUCAUUCUCGGUAUUAUCGUGUACCCAAUGACUGGCCUCAUUCCUGCAUGGCCCAACUUCCUCAAGUUCACGCUUUUCCUCGUUUUGUUCAACCUCGCAGCCGCAGCCAUCUUCCUCUUCAUUGGUAUUGUGUUCCGCAACUCUGGCGUGGCCAACUUGAUUGGUGUGCUAGUCAUGCUAUUCAGUCUUCUCUUCUCUGGCUUCUUCCUCAACAAAGAGAGUAUUCCUGCCAUAGCCAAAUGGCUGCAAUCGUUGUCAAUCUUCCACUACGCAUUCGAGGGCCUCAUUGUUAACGAAGUCAAAUACCUUUCUCUAAUUGAUCACAAGUACGGCCUUGAUAUCGAGGUGCCUGGCUCUGCCAUCCUCAGCUCGUUUGGUUUCAACACGCAAGCGCUAUGGAAGGACUGUAUCGGUCUGGGUGUGUUUGGUGGUGCAUUUGUGCUGCUUGCGUACCUAGCCAUGCAUUUGCUGCUUGUGGAGAAGCGGUAGUGGGGGGAAAUAUGCUGGGGUGUACCUCGUGUUCAGUGUCUUUGUUAGUACAUUUCAUAUCUAUCGUGGAGGUGCAUAGAUCCUGUUUUGCAUAUGCGGC